GUCGGUCAGGCUCAGAGCUCCUACCUGUCACUUCCUGCUGUCGCUUUUAUUCAUUUUCACUUCUUUAUUCGACACGAGCUCGCUUUUCACGUCACGGCCGUGCGUGGAUGACUCCGGCUCAUGAAUCCCGCACGGUUCGCGGACCCUGCGGUGCACACGUUACGACCUUGGCUUCAUGUUCGGCUCAAAGGAGGAGUAGCCCCCCCCCUCCUCCCCCCGGAGCUGCGGGACUGGAUCACCGUGCGGGUUUAAUUAGCCUCCGUGCGGGACUGUGACUCCUCUUCAUCAUCGUCUUCAUCAAAACACCGACAACAGCCGCGGCGGAGAGAGAGAGGGAGCGUGCCCGCGGAAAGGCAUGGAUGAGAGGUUAUGUGUGCCCCCCCCCUGAAAGCCUCUGCUGCCCCCGCCCUCUGCUCCCUCAGUGAGCAUGUAUCGCAGGAACGGCCUCUCUGAUGGCACCAGCAUCAACUCCAUCACCUCAGAGGCGAGCAGCAGCUCCGACUCUCUGGAUGGACCAUGUGUCGACUACGCAAAGAGCUACGACGCCGUCAUCUUCGACGUGCUGAAGGUGACGCCGGAGGAGUUCGCUAGUCAGAUCACUCUGAUGGAUGCUCCAGUGUUUAAAGCCAUCCUGCCAGAGGAGCUGGCGAGCUGUGGAUGGAACGGCAAAGAGAAACACAGUUUGGCUCCAAAUGUGGUCGCCUUCACGCGCAGGUUCAACCAGGUGAGCUUCUGGUUGGUGAGAGAGAUCCUGACGGCUCAUACUCUGAAGAUCCGAGCAGAGAUUCUGGGUCACUUUGUGAAAAUAGCGAAGAAACUGUUGGAGUUGAACAACCUGCACUCUCUGGUGUCGGUGGUCUCGGCUCUGCAGAGCGCUCCCAUCUUCAGACUCAGUAAGACCUGGGCGCUGAUCAGUCGGAAAGAUAAAGCCACGUUUGAGAAGUUAAACUAUCUGACGUCCAAAGAGGAGAACUACACCCGCAUGAGAGAGUACAUCCGCACCCUGAAGAUGGUGCCCUGCAUCCCCUACCUUGGGAUCUACCUGCUAGACAUCAUCUACAUCGACUCGGCCUAUCCGGCAUCAGACAGCAUCAUCGAGACGGAGCAGAGGACCAAUCAGAUGAACAACCUGCUGAGAGUCAUCUCCGACCUGCAGGUGUCCUGCAACUACGAUCACCUGGUGACCCUCCCUCACGUUCAGAAGUACCUGCUCUCCGUACGAUACAUCGAGGAGCUCCAGAAGUUUGUAGAAGACGACAACUUCAAGCUGUCUCUGAAGAUCGAACCAGGGAACAGCUCCCCUCGCAUCGCCUCUUCUAAAGAAGACCUGGCAGGUCUGUCCGAGGUCUCUGCCUCUAUGAGGUACAACAGACGGCCCACCUGCCCUGACGCCUCCGUGGGAGUCCACAUCCCUACGCCCCCUCCCUCCCACCACAGGAAGAGCCACAGUCUGGGGAACAACAUGAUGUGUCAGUACGGCAUGUCAGAGAGCCGGAGCGCCACGUUCCCGAUAGAGAAAGCACGCCACCUGCUAGACGACAGCUUCUUGGAAUCUCAGAGUCCAGUCAGGAACGAUCCUCAGAGCACGUCUGUGUCCAACGGCCUCUCUCUGGGAAGCAGCGAGAGCUCUUUUGGGGAGGAGUUAUCACCUGGGAUGGAGAGGGGCCGCAUGUACGCCACUUUGGGCCCCAACUGGAGGGUCCCUCUCCGGAACUCCCCGCGGAGCCGCAGCUAUGUUUACAGCUCGUCUGCUGCCACCUCGUGUUACGGCUGCAGCGAUGCGGGCAGCGUGACCAUCGAAGGCCCUCUGAGGAGAAAGACCCUGCUGAAGGAGGGUCGGAAACCCCGGCUCUCCUCCUGGACCAGGUUCUGGAUCGCUCUGUCUGGAUCCACUCUGACCUUCUACGGAGCCAAAUCCCUGAGAGCCUCCGAGAGGAAACACUAUAAGACCGGUCCCUGUAAGAAGGUGUGUGUGACCGGAUGGAUGGUGGUCCUGCCUGACGACCCGGCUAGACCCAACAUCUUCCAGCUCAAUGACCCGGAUAAAGGUAAUGUUUACAAGUUCCAGACUGGAUCCAGAUUCUCAGCCAUUAUCUGGCACAAAAACCUGGAGGAGGCGUGUCGGAGCAGCAGACCUCAGAUACCAGCGAACCUCAUGUCCUUUGAGUGACAGCGAGCUGACUCAGCAGGAUGUUAACGUGCCAAACGUCUGACUGAACAAGGAGGAGAAGGAGGAGAAGGAGGAGGAGGAGUGGUGGUUUCUUUAAAUGUGACUGUAAACAGAGCCGACGUCUUCUUCUGCAGGACGGCGUGUGAACUCUUUGAACUCCGGUCAGGUGAAGGUCACUGCGGUUGAGCGUCUCUGUUCACUUUGAUUCUUUAAGCUGCUAAAACAUGUGAACACACGUGGAUCACUCAUCGACACACGCCGGGUUCCAGUCAGCGCUCAGAACUGGACUCAGUUUGAGGUUCAGGCUGCAGACUCGUGUCAGGAUGAAGAUCUGUGUGUGUUUGAGUCUGAGGGUGAGGACUUCUACGUGUACGAGGACACAUGAACUCUGACCCGCAGGAAGCGGCGUCUCUGAAACCCUUCAGAAUCGCAGCCGGACAAACUUUCAGAAUAAGAGCCCCUGUGUUAUUACAGACUGUUUGUGUGUGUACAUACUGUGUUUACAGGAGAACAGCUGAACUGCCCGUGUCCCCAUGCGUGCAUGUGUGCGUGCGUGUGUGUAAAUAUGUAUUUAUUUGUAAAAGAGUUUAUUUUUCAAACAGCCAUAAAAAGGGAAAGGUGCCGAGGCGGCUCGGAGUCUCCUGAAGCUGCUCCUCAGACUGACGGUGGAAGACACCCUAAAACUUCAGAGUGAAGGACGAGGAAGAAGGGAAGACUCCAUCACGUCUGUGCUGUUAAUACAAAGCUCCAUGUGGACUUUAAAGGAGCAGUCCACUUUACUUUACUCUUUAAAGGUUCAGUGAUUAAUUUACAAAAAAAGAACAGUAUUAAUCUGUGAGGGCCGAGACCUGGGGACACGAAGGGUUAAAUAGCUGUGUGUGUGUGUGUGUGUGUGUGGUGUGUGUGUGUGUGUGUGUGUGUGUGUGUGUGUGUGUGUGUGUGUGUGUGUGUGUGUGUGUGUGUGUGUGUGUGUGUGUCUGUGUCUGUGUGUGUGUGUGUGUGUGUGUGUCUGUGUGUGUGUGUCUGUCUGUCUGUCUGCAGGUGAGACUGUAAUGCCUGUGUACUGUUUGUAUCAUCCAAUCAGAGCGAGCCGCGUUGCGUUCAGGUGAAUCCGUCUCUCUGAGGAACUUGUCAAGCAGAAUGAAGGAGUGAGACCUUCACCUUCAUCUGCUCCUCAUGGAGUCCUCAGAGGAUGAACCUUUACGGGACCGGCUCAGAGAGAUGAUGAACUAGGUCACUGUUCUGAGUUCAGAUCACUGGUGUCUCUACUCAGACUUGUUCCAGGUGUUCCCAGGUCUCAGUCUAAGCUCCUUGAGCAGCUCUUGGCUGCAGGGAGCCGGUCUGAGAGUAGAAUCCUUCAGUUGGGUGGUGUGUAGAUAUUUAAUAGAGUCAUGUUUCUGUUGGUUCUCUUGUAAACUUUGGUUUGUGUAAUUUAUGAAGGAAAUCUAAAGUUCUCUGUUCUGAACUCUUGAAUGAAGUCCGUCUGUGCGUCUGUCCUAAGAGAGACGUCUGUCUGCAGAGACGGACCUGAAGGUGAAACACAGACUCUCUCUGACUCAGAGAUCCUUUCAUUUUAAAACAUUUCCAAGCUGGUGCUGCUGCUUCAUCGUCUCAGAGGAUUCAUCAUUUAACUCUUUAUUAUCCCUCACAGUGACCUCUGACCCCGCUGCACCGAUAUGAGGACAGAUGAACUCUGACAGCAGAUGUGGAGGACGUUUGAGCUCCAGAAGGAUCACUGAAGUGUCUCCAUGACGUAAAGAAGCAGUAGCAAUCAGUCUGAUCAUGUUUGUACGAUCAUCUCUAAUGACACUGAGAGGAGGGGUCAGAGGUCAGGUGAUCUACAGGUGAAAGAACACCUUUAGGUACCCUUUCCUCAACAGUGAUGAGACUUUGAGUCAGAAACUCAUCUGACGUAGGUCCAGGAGGAGGUCUGUACUUUGUCCAAGGGGGCGCCAAAACCGUCAAACACAGAUUAUUAAUUCGGAGUAUUAAGUGUUCAUGUCUCAGAGCUCUGAGACGUAAAGAUGACAUCUCCCUCAGGGCUCUGAGACGUGAAGAGGAUGGCUCCCUCAGAGCUCUGAGACGUGAAGAGGACAUCUCCCUCAGAGCUCUGAGACGUGAAGAGGACAUCUCCCUCAGAGCUCUGAGACAUGAACAGGACAUCUCCCUCAGAGCUCUGAGACAUGAACAGGACGUCUCCCUCAGGGCUCUUAGACGUAAAGAGGAUGGCUCCCUCAGAGCUCUGAGACAUGAACAGGACGUCUCCCUCAGGGCUCUGAGACGUAAAGAGGAUGGCUCCCUCAGAGCUCUGAGACAUGAAGAGGACGUCUCCCUCAGAGCUCUGAGACGUGAAGACUGUCUCCUCCUCUGUGUGUGUCCUCAGAUAUGUCUCUGAUGUCUCCUCCUCGGUGUGUGUCCUCAGCUCGAGCUCAGCAGAAGUUUUUGCCAAAUGAAGGUUUGGAGGCAGCUUCAGUGUUCAGACUUUGUUUCUUUGAUCCGAUCAUGUCCCUCUGAGUUCUUACAGUCUUGUCCCUGGUCCUGUGGGCAGAGACUCGAGGCGGUCUGGGACGUUGCAUGUCUCUUUGUGUAUAAACUUUGUAGUGUUGUAACUGUGAACAGGUCUCUGAUUAUCGGUCUGUGAUUCUUUUGCUAACUUAUUUCUGACCAUGGCGUCGCUGCGUGUCGCUGUGUUCAGCUUCAGACUCGGAUCAUUGGGAAUAAAGUUUCUGUACAGAACGUC